UAAAUGUAAACGGGUAUUUAUUUUAGAGUUGCUGUUAGAAGAAGAUAUCAUAUAAAGUGGCGGACUAAGAGUUACGAAACAAAUAUGAAGAGAGAAAUAGUCACUAGUUUGCAUGUAUUUAUUAUCGUUCUUACGAUGCCUAGUUGCCAAAGCAGAGUUUUAGACACAUACACAAGUCAUCCAUGCAGAAGAGCAUGUGUUGCGAACAGACCACAGACCUGCUUUUACGAGUUUAACUUGGAGCUCUAUUUCACUCUAUCCAAGGCGUGUUAUGACUGUCCGACAAAUAAAACCGACCUUCCGGCCUCACUGUAUCCCGGCUGAUGGUGUCCCGCGUGGAGUCCUCGUGGUGAACAGAAUGUUGCCUGGACCCGGAAUACAUGUUUGUGAAGGCGACACAGUCAUAGUGAAUGUUGUAAACGGCUUCAUUGGAGGAGAAGGAACCAGCAUUCACUGGCACGGGGUUCUGCAAAAUGGUUCCCCGCAUAUGGACGGUGUUGGCAUGGUAACACAAUGUCCGAUACCGAUUGGAACGUCGUUUGAAUACAGAUUCAACGCGACUAAUGCAGGAACCCAUUUAUGGCACGCUCAUUCCGGGCUCCAGCGUUCUGAUGGUAUUUUUGGCGCCUUUAUUGUCCGCCAAGCAGACGAGUUUGAGCCGCAUCUUGGACUUUAUGAGCACGAUCUUCCCGAGCACACGGUUAUAGUAAAUGACUGGUUAGGAGAACUGACUGAAAAUAAAUUUGCCCGUCAUCACCACGCAGGGGGAGAUAAUAGGCCGAAAUCUAUUCUAAUAAAUGGCAAGGGCGUUUAUAAGCAAGUUUCUAAGCGUCAUGGCAACACUUCGAGAAACUAUACGCCAGUCGAAGUAUUUCACGUGAGAAGAGGACAGAGAUAUCGUUUCAGGAUAAUCAGCAAUGGCGUCCUCAAUUGCCCUAAACAAAUUUCCGUAGAUAAUCAUACCUUGACGAUGAUAGCAUCGGAUGGAAACGCUUUUGAAAAGAUAGACGUUGAAUCGUUCAACAUCUUCGCCGGAGAGAGAUAUGACUUUGUGUUAAAUGCUAGCAACACUGUCGGAAACUAUUGGAUCCGAGUCCGGGGUUUAGCCGACUGCGAGCCAGAACAUGCUAAACAGGUUGCUGUUUUACGCUAUGAGGGUGCACCAGAAAAAAAUCCGGUUGAAGGCACGUCGUGGCUGGAUGGAGACAGAAGUGGGAAGAAACUGAACCCGUGGAACCGGAAAGGAGACGGCACGCAUAUACCGGUGACGGAGCUUAGAUCACCUGUCAACAACACGGAUGCACUGAAAGCUAUUCCUGACAAGAAGUUCAACAACACGGACGCACUGAAACCUAUUCCUGACAAGAAGUUCAACAACUCGGACGCACUGAAACCUAUUCCUGACAAGAAGUUCAACAACUCGGACGCACUGAAACCUAUUCCUGACAAGAAGUUCUACCUGGCCAUGGAUUUUAACAAGAUUGACGACUACCACUUCCAUGAUGAGAUGUAUUAUCCACUUUCAGCCUUGAAUGAGUCAAUGCACCUAUACGUUCCCCAGAUUAAUCAUGUAUCAUUGAUUUUACCCCCUUCACCACCACUUACCCAGCUACAAGACUUGGAUGAGGAAAUAUUUUGUAACCACGAAACAAAUGGGUCUCGGAACUGCACAGAAGUGUACUGCGAGUGUGUUUACCUGCUGCAGGUGGGGUUAAAUGAUGUCGUAGAAUUAGUGAUUUUAGACGAAGGUGAAACUUACAAUGCUAACCAUCCCAUGCAUCUACACGGCCACAAAUACUACGUUGUUGGAAUGGACAAAUUAGGAGAAACUGUGACAUUGGAUAGAGUAAAACAACUAGAUGGCCAAGGGAAGUUACACAGAAAUCUUGCAGAUCCCGUAGCCAAGGAUACAGUCACGAUACCUGAUGGCGGUUACACAAUAUUGCGUUUCCAUGCAAAUAAUCCUGGAUUUUGGUUCUUCCACUGCCAUAUAGAGUUUCAUGUUGGUAUUGGCAUGGGUUUACUUUUUCAAGUGGGCAAUAUAACCGACCUCCCACAAGUGCCAAAGCAUUUUCCGAAAUGCGGAAACUGGAAAAUAUAAUGGAGUUUAUGAAGACCUGGACGACGAAGUGAUUGAUACACCUUUUGGUGGGAUAUCCUCCGCUUUGGCCGUUCCGUUUACCUAUCUCAUGACACUUGUGUCAUACAGCUAGAUGUAGGGCUAUCUACAUUAUUUAUAUCUUUAUUUUUGUAUGCAUUUGUCAAGACAAGGUAAAAAAGAUAUCAGGUCAGUGUGUGUAUGUAUGCUUGCAUAUCUCUAAGGACACGGUUUACUUAAGCCUUAUAUGGCCUACACCAGUUUGAAAAUGUACAAAUUGUUGAUAAAUGACAAAAUUAUGCAUAGUUUGCCUCCUGAAUGUUUACCUUGUAUAAUGAAUAUAGUUUAUUUUUAAGUUAUUAUUUUGAUCAAAAUAGGUCACUGAAUAUUGUUUAAAUUACAGAUAUUUGGACAUUCGUUGCCAUAUUUAUAUUACAUAAGAAUGUUUGUAAUAGUGAGCAUUGUCACGGACCAUAAAUAUUUUGAAAAUAUGUUCAGAUUUUUCCACCGAAUAUAUGGUCAUUUUUGUUUGUGCCAUAUCAAAAUUUCAGAUUUGUGUACAAAUUUGGUUAAACACUUAAUGUUUCCCAUACCUGUGAUGUUAAAAUGUUUUCUUUUACGUCAAAAUAUUGUCUUCAAUAAUGUAUAAAUUGUAAAAUAUGCAAGAAUUUAGAUUAAUAAUAUCUGUCGUGAACACGAGUGAUAUUUUUUCUUGCAUAUCGUAAACAUAUGAGCUUUUUAUUCUGACAGAUAAUUUUACUUGCAUACCGGAAUUUACAAAAAAUAGAGUAAAUAAAGCUUUCUUUUUAUGACUCUUUCUUAUACAAAGCGCGGGAAAUUAACGUCCGUAAACAGAAGUGACGUCAUGAUGUUUUCGUGACACACAAUAACAAAGUUCCUCUUUACCUCUAUCGUUUGUAGAGUAACGGUAUGUUCUUACCAUAAAAUAACGUAUUUUGAAUCGAGAAUUAUACUUUAAGGAUCGGAAAGAAACUAUCAAUGUACCUGAUUUUUUCAUAUAAACAAUAUAAUAUUAUCAAUGCAUGGAUCGCUAGUUGUCAUUAGUGUUAUCGUUUGUUCUUAUCGUGAAAUAACUUAAUUUUAAUUAAGAACGCCCGACUGAAAUUAUUUCGGACGACGUAUAACCGCCCGAGUGUAUAAAUAGUGAUAAAGCACUGUUUUGCUAUGAAUUAUUUCGAUUCUAAUAUGUUCUUUAUUGUAAAAUUUAUAUCAAAUAUUAUGAAACUGUUUGGCGCCAAUAGUAGGUCUUUGUUUAUACACGCGCAGGCUGGUCUGGAUCAAUGCUGGUCGCAAACCUACUACGUUGGUUUUCUCAUGGCACGGCUCAAUUAUAUUUUUUUGCAUCCUUAUUUUUGCAAAGUUCCUGGCCAGAAUUUAAUGAAAAUUCACAAAUGAUAAGUACUAGGUGAAUGUAUGCAUAUUGCCUUGAAAUAUUACAUAACUCGUUAGGCUGCGUCAGAAACAUUUAAUAACAUUUCUUAUUACAUGUUUGACGUCGCGGGAGUGUAAUAAAGCCAUUAAAUAAAAAUGAUAAUACACUAGUGUAAUAAAGCUUUGACGUCGACGUCAUUUAUAGUAUAGGCUACGUCGGUCAAAUUGUCUUGUUUAUAUAGUAAAAGAAAGUCGAUUUUUUUGAUGUUUCGACAAGAAAGGCUUACAUGUGAUAAAAAGAAUAUUACAUUUGUGACUCUCGGCAUAGCCUCGCAUUUUAUCAUUUUAUUCAACUCGUUUAAUAAAUUCAAUAUGAAAAGACACUCGUGUAAUAUUCUAUAUUGAUUUUAAUAUGAUUUAGUGCAUUACACAAAUCUAAUAUUACUUUCAGUGGAAUAUAUUGUCUUACAAGCUGUUAUUUGUCAAAUACAUAUUAAUGUGUAUUAUCUACAUUUGAAAUAUCAGGACUUUUACACAUUUCACUGUAAUUUUCCAGAGUUUUAUUUUCUUUGUUGUUACAGUAAUAUGAAUAAUUUAUUGUAUAAUUUCAUAAUGAUUUAGCUUCAAUAAAUUUGUUAAAUUAUCCUAA